UGAUGGCAGACCGGGCUGGCGUUCCCCUGAGACCAUCAGGCCGCUGAGCCCAAGCUCCAGAGGAGAGGCAGCGGCGCUGGUGCUGGUGGCUGUGCUGUGGGGCAGCACCGGGCCGUUCCUGCGGAGAGGUGCGGCAGGGCUGGAGGAGGUGCGGCGCCAGGGCCGCCUGCAGCAGCUGCUGGCAGAGAUCCGCUUCCUGGGCCUCAACUACAAGUACAUGGUACCAUUUCUGCUCAAUCAAGGUGGAUCUGUGCUCUUCUACCUCACCUUGGCCUCUGCAGAUCUGUCCCUGGCAGUACCACUCUGUAACUCCCUGGCUUUGAUAGUCACACUGGUGACUGGGAGGAUGCUGGGAGAGGACAUCGGUGGUAAAAGAAUGCUGCUCACUGUCCUAGGAGUCACGCUCUGUGUAGCUGGUUCGUGA